AUGCACGAGGAACUGGUUGAGGCAAACUUGAUCACGUACAAUGCCGCGAUCACUGCCUGCGAACGUGGUGGACAGUGGCUGCUUGCACUUGAACUGCUGUCCAAGAUGCCGGCUGCACGAUUCACUGCUGAUGUGAUAAGCUACGGUAGCUGCAUCAGUGCCUGCGGACAUGAAGGGCAGUGGCCUCUUGCACUUCAGCUGCUGUCGGAGAUGCUGGCAAGGAAGAUCAGUGCAAAUGUGAUCACCUGCAGUGCUUGUAUCAGUGCGUGUGAGAAGCACGGCCGUUGGCAAGAAGUAUUGGAGGUGCUGUCGCACAUGCGCGUGGUCACUGUUAGACCCAACACCAUUACCUUGAAUUCGGCGAUCAGCGUGUAUGAAAAAGCUGGCGAGUGGCCGAGGGCUCUUGAGCUUUUAGCAGAGAUGCCCAAAGCCAAGCUGACAAGGGACACGAUCAGCUUCAACGCAAGCAUCAGUGCAUGUGCUGCAGCUUCGGAGUGGAGAAUGGCGCUUGAGCUUCUUUCGGUAGGGAUGCCUGCCGCCGGCGUGGCAGUGAACGUUAUCAGCUACAACGCUGCUAUCGCAGCGUGCGAUGGAGCUGGGGUGUGGCAGAUUGCGAUGCAGCUCUUUGCUGACAUGCCUUCGGUGCGCAUCCGACCGGAUGCAGUCAGCUUCAAUUCUUUCCUAAGUGCAUGCGAGGCAGGCGGAUGCUGGCAGCUAGCUCUGGCUCUUCUGCGUGACAUGCCCAGCAGUGCCAUCGAAGCGGAUACCAUUAGCUACAAUUCCUGCAUUCUUACCUGUGCCAGAUCUGGGCAGUGGGAGUGGGGGCUUCAUCUGCUUUUCCAUAUGUCGGAUGUCAGGGUGUCGCAUGAUGUUAUCAGCUUCACCACAGCGAUGAGUGGAUGUGACGGUGCGAGUGGCUGGGAGACAGCGGCUCGACUGUUCCAGCUUAUGUUGGCAUCGUCGGUUGAAGCCAAUGUGAUCACUUUCAACACCUGCAUCUCUUUAUGUGCCACGGCUGGCCAAUGGCCUAUGGCUAUGCAUCUACUAUCUGAGAUGACUUCAGGGAGGAUUCUGGCGGAUGAGCUCAGUUUCAACGCCGCGAUCAGUGCUUCUGAGAAAGGCGCACGGUGGGAGCUAGCGCUGCUUCUGAUGUCACAGAUGGCGGCAUCUGGCAUCGCCCCGGAUGCUGUCAGCUUCAAUGCAUGCAUUAGCGCCUGUGCGAGAGCCGGACUAUGGCCGCUUGCACUCCAUCUACUCAAAGAGAUGCCUUCGCUUGCCAUCCAGGCAGAUGCCUUCAGCUUCAGCGCAGGCCUGAAUGCAUGCGCCGGGGCGGGGCAGUGGCUACUGGCACUUCAGCUUUUCUCUGAGAUUCCUCGAGCACAUGUGCAAGUAGACACGAUCAGCUUCAGCGCGGCCAUCACCGCCGUGGAGCGGGCUUCACAUUGGCAGUGGGCAGUGCAACUGCUUUCGCAGCUACCUUCCAGCCAAAUCUCUGCAGAUGUCGUUCUGCUCACUUCCUGCAUCAGUGCCUGCCGACGGGGUGGCCAGUGGCAGCAGGCUCUGCUGCUUCUGCGGGAGAUGCCAGCUGCGCGCGUCGCCCCGAACUUGCCGAGCUACAACGCCGGUAUCAGCGCUUGCGAGCUUGGUGGGUAUUGGGAGCUGGCUUUGCAAUUGCUGGCGGAGGUGGAGGAAGCUGCUACACCCGACGUGAUCAGCUUCAAUGCAAGCAUCAGCGCGUGUCAGAAGGCUGGACAGUGGAGAUGGGUUCUGAAGCUAUUGCAGCAGAUGCAGUCGGCCCAAGUGCAGGCAGACGUCAUCAGUUACUCCGCUGGCGUCCGGGCUUGUGAUCAAGGUGGAUGCUGGCAACUACUUCUUCGCUUUCUGGAAGAGCUCCAAGCAGCUUCAGGUGGCAAAGAAGAUCUCGCCGCCUUUCUCCUGCGAUGGCAAGAGGAUGACCUACCUAUGGUGAGGGGGUUUAGGAUUUAG